AUGAGCGAGGAAUUGCACUUUCAACCACACCACACAGUCUUCCUCACUCUCUUGACGUUCUCUGGCAUCUGGGCUUACCUUGGAUGUCCUGUUGAUUUUAGUUUCAAUGCUGAACAAAAGAUACCCACCCACAGCAAAAUGGUGUUUCGAACAUUCUAUCGCUCUAGUCUUACUUCACUUGAAAACAUCAGCGCUUUCAACCUGUCUUUGGAAUCUCAAGCUCACAAACUGGCCGGUCUGUACAGCUGCGGCAGGGUUGCCCUGACCGAAUUGCAGUCUUGGCUUUUCUACCAAUGGAUUCCAUCUUCUGACCUUGAAUUCAUGUCGGACGGGUUCCGAGCCAGGGACAUCGGUCUGCGGGCUCAGAAGAAGAUCUUGGGCCGGAUGGCCACCAACAAGAAUGCCCGUAAGAUAUUCAUAGAUGACAACACUGCAAGUCUGCUGGACAACUUGUACAAGCUGGUAUUGGAAUAUACCAAAAACAAAAAAGAAACAGAGAAGAUUAUGAAAAACAUAAUCAAGACUGUGAUCAAAGUCGGAGUGCUUUUCCGCAAUGAUGAGUUCAACACGACAGAUCUCGAGUACGCUGAGAACUUUAAAGUUAAGUUCCACACGGUUGCUAUGGCCAUACUGAGCUUUCACGGGGUCGACUUCAUGUACGAUCGCCAGUUCUUGGUCUUGAAUCUCACAGAAGCCCACGCUAACCUGAAAAGACUCGUUCAGAAUCACCUCAAAGACAAGAGUCUGCAGAGGAUAGACGCAGUCUUUGAGUUCUUCUCCAAUCCUCAGUUCCUCGACACUAUUUUCAAGCGAGACUCACAAAGGUACAAGGAGAUUCUCGACAACUUAGUGGAGGAUAUCAAUUUCGCAAUGGACGAAAACAAUUUGUAACUGCAUUUCCCCCUGUGAUUUCCAACCGAAUUAAGUUAAAAUGCAAACUAAAAUACCCAGUCACAAAGUAAUAUUUUUACGCAUAAAUUAAAGAAGCACAACAGUUUAAAAAUGCUAUAAACUUAUCGACUAGAGACACAGAAAUUAGUCCUCCUAAGUACUCUGUAACAUAAGUGCCUAUGGAAUGUGUUUAUAAUCUAACAAUAACUGGAGUUGCUAGUGCGAGAAAUCGUAAACUAUUUAUUGCAAUCAAAUUUUCAAAUGAAUUCUGUAGUUUUUAACCCUGUAAUCUGAUAUAAACGUUUACAAACAGAAGUUGUUAUUUUUAAAAAACUUAAAGUUUAGCAUAAAGAAAUUUUCUCACUAUUGAUAGUUUCAAACACAUAAUAAAACCGUUACUACCUGGCAAUACUAAUGUGGAGUAAAUUUUUCUGUGUCUGUAGUCAAUGGUACAACAUAGAUAGUUUUUAUUUAAAACUAAUCAUGGUCUUGUCAACUAAUUUAUUUGAAGCGAGGCUAACAAGAUGUAGUUUUGUGAGACAAAGGCCAAACAGAAACCAUUUUAUGUAAUUAAAAUGGCAUAAAUUAACCAAGUGAUGUAAGCCUGUUGGCUGUUUCUCUAUGUUUUUAGAGUAUUUUACACUGUCAAUAUUAUUUAAGAAUGUAUUAUUGUGUCUCUAGUUUUCCAAGACCAAUUAAAGCUUUUUAUGGAAGCUGUGGAAAGAAACAUAAUACUAGAAUGCUUGGAUAGUCUCCUAAUAUUUCUAAGUCUUUAUUUAUAUCCUUCUUACUUCUCAAGUCAAUCAUGGACCUUACAGGACCUAACAGAUAUUGGGUUGAAAUUUACUUUUCCCAAAACAACUAUGUGCUGCGAACGUAUGACAUUUUUAUUUUGUAGUUUAGAAAAUGUUUAUAAUAGUUUUAACUGUAAGAUAUUUUGUACUAAAGCUGCUACCAAAGCUUAUUUUAGUACUUAUUUUGAAUCACUCUGUUCUUAACCUUAAAGACACUCACAAGGUAUAAUAAUAAAUUUCUGAGAACUUUUAAUUGCUCGUUAACUUUUAAGCGAGCCUUUUACAUUUGGUUCUCACCUCUUGUUGUAUGUUGUAUCAUUGUUGUCCCUCAAAUGUUCAUGUUUGUAAAUUUUUGUUUUACUGUGAUGAAUUUGUUUUGUAUAUAGGUACUGUAUUUAUUUGUUAUAGUAUGGCUGUGUUAUAGCAUUCUGUAUUUAACUUAUCACAUAGUUUAAAGACUCGAGUCAAAUGAUCAAAUUUGAAUUGUUUCCUAUUUCUUAUAAGUACCGGUAGGCGAUUAUAUUUAAAAAACGCACAUUUUUAUUUUUGCUUAGAUGUGCUUUUCUGUGAAGCUAUUCUUUCCUAACCAAACAAGGUCUAAUUAGUUUAGUGCUAAUUUAUACUAAAUAGUAUUUAGGUACUUGCUAAAGAAAAUAAUCAAAAUUUGUUAAACCUGAGAAAAAAAGGUCUUUGCUAUUUCAUUUUAUUUUUUGGUAGCAAAUUUUAAUGUAUUUCAUGCCAAGCAGUUUUUUUUAUAUAUAUAGUAAUAAAUUUGGUUUAAUCUUUUUGAAAGCUCUUUUAACAAGUCAUAUAUGAAAUUUGAGAUUUAAUUUUGGCUUCU